AUGAAAGGGGAGGGGGCGUGGCCAGCCCGCCGCGGGCCUCAAGGGACAGAUUCCGAAUACCUGGCGGGCCUGAGGGGCCGCUCUCCCGCCCUCGCCCUGGACCCUCCUGCACUGCAUACUCCCCCGAGACGGGGACCCCGGACCCCAGGGCUCCGGAGGACUCAACCAGGACUUUCCAAAAGUUGCCGCGGGGCCUUCCAAUCCCCUCGGCCAUCUCCCAAGUCUGGCCAGGCUGAUGGGGCCAGCGAGGAUUCUCUGCACCUCGACAUUCAGAAACUGAAGGAGAAGAGGGACCUGCUGGACAAGGAGAUCACCCAGUUAAUAUCUGAAGGCUACAGUGUGAAUGAACUGGAGGACCACAUCUCCCUUCUCCACGAAUAUAAUGACAUCAAGGAUGUAGGCCAGAUGCUGCUAGGCAAACUAGCUGUGAUCCGAGGUGUCACCACCAAAGAAUUAUAUCCAGAAUUUGGCCUGGAUAUGAAUGACUGAGCCAAGGCUCACAGCCCUUUGUCCACAGCCCAAUGGGACAGGCAGAUUUGAACAUGAGAGGCAGUGAGAGCCCAUCCAGCACAUGCACAGGCUUCCCAGCGAGGAAGCGUCAGAAGCCUUUCUCUAGAGAACUUGAUCUGAGUCACAAGGGAGCCCAGAGACAGACAGUGAAGAAGAGCUGUUCCCUGCUCCAAGUUUCCUGAAAUGUCCUAGUGAUGUCUGUGUGUGUGUGUAUGUCUCCCGUUUGUAAAUAAACAUACAAGCAAU